AUGGAUUUACAUUCUCAUUUGCGAUUGCUGCCAUCCGUUUCAUUAGACAAUGAAUUUUUUUCAACUUUUCGAGACAUUUCACAGAACGUAUACGCAACGGUAGCUUCCUCCACUCAUAGGACUUCACGGUUUCUAACUCAAGCAGAAGUUUUUGUCUGCAAGUUUGAACAUCAAAUUCUAGCCCUGUCGAACGAUUCACAUUAUCCUUGAAGCAAGCAUUUUCCAGUAGCUCCUGCUUUCUUUCAGUAGCAUUCAGAAUAUCGAUAGUGUGCAUCUCGUUGUUGAAUUGAGCGACAAUUAGUGGUUUGCAGGUAAUCUUUUCACCAUCCAUCCGCCCAUUACUUACCUGAGAGGUUCUUUGCUUUAAUAUGUAAUCUGAAUCUGAGCAAAGAACAAGGUUGCAAGAAUAAAGGAGAGCACUUCUUGAUUUACGAAGAUCAGCGAAACUGUUAA